UCUAACAUCAUCUUUCGGAAAAUUCCAUUUUCAAUUCUCACACAUCCUCGCUUUCUCCAGCGGUCCUCGAGUCUAAGAAUUUCCCUUUCUUCCGGAAUGCAGAAGCGUUGGAGGUAUUCAGAUACUGGGGUCUUGUUUAAUCGUAAAUCUUCCAGGGUCUUGGUGCUAUUUUUUGGAAUUUGGGUGUUGAAGUCAAACCUGGUGUACCUGAGAAGGUUAGCUUUAAAGGACGCCUGCUUCAUGUCUCACAGGCUGAAGUUGGAAAAAGAUUUGAGAAAUAUGUGGAUGUUUUCCUCUUUGCUAAGUAUUGAGGAAAGAAAUUUGGGUUGGGAAAGCUUAAAUCGGGCGUACUUCCUAGAAUUACAGUAGAUUUGGACUUCCAGGGAGAGUUUGAGCUUUCUCACAGCUCGACAGAUGCUGAUUACCUUGAUAGCAAAAAUGAAGCUCGGAUUGCUGGAAAUGAUGCUACCUGGGUAGCUAAACCUGUGCUGGAAAUAGUAGUAGAUCCAACUAUGAGUGAUGUUAGCUCUUAUGAUGGUUCGGAGAACGAUUCUGAUAAGGGGAUAAAGUGUAAAGAGGACAGUAGUGCAGUUUCUCCUGAUGAGAAUGACGACGAUGGUACCUCUAGUGACCCUGAGGAUGGUAGCUCCAAGGGUGGGGAUGAAGAUAUUUCUAAGGUUCAGAAUUCAAAGCUUAAGCUGAGCAAGAGAAGAGCUGGUGAGACUCUUACGUCUGGAAACCCUAACAAGAAGGCUAGACCGAGUAUGCCUGCUCAUCAUCAUGCAAAGAAGCCCAUUAGGGGAGAGAAAUUAAAGCAAGAAACUUCAAAAUCUGCUGCAACUCUGGUGCCAUGCAACUUUUGUAAAAGGAGUUUCCAAUCAGAGCAUGCUCUAGAAGCUCAUACCAGGGCGUUGCAUCGAACCCCAAAAUCGCAGAUUUCCAAGGCGAGACGAAAGAAAUAGCAAAGAGCCUUGCCAUGAAAGCAAAGUUCUAUGAGUUGUGGAGAUAAAGCUGUACCUGAUAGAUAUACAAGUGAAGAUAACCGAUAGAGUCAAGAUCUAACACGAACAUGUACAUUUAACAUGAAUGGGUGAGAAAUAGAAGUACUAGUCUACAAUUUGAAAACUCUAGAAUUUCUAUUCAAGAUUUCCAAGUUGAUUUUAAACACAUAGUUUUCCCUUGCUUUUGGCUGACACGCCGACUAAGAUAUGCCUCUGGUUGGAAAUAUAUGUUUGAUUAUUUCACAUAUUUUUAUCCCUAAUUUUUCACUGCUGAGGAGGUUAGAUAUUAAACCAUGGUUGAGAAAAAGGAGUAAAGCUAAUCCAACC